UUGCUAGCUUGCCUUUGUUCAUUUAGAAGUGUUUAUUAUUAUUAUAUUAAUAUUCUACAGUAUUUCUAUUUUAAUAUCAAUCUGAAUAUAAUAUUAUCAUUCUAUUCACUGCAAUGGAAUCAGACAUCUAUCAACUGGCAGUCUUUACCUGCCCAUUACUCUACCCAGUCUUUCUCCUGGGGAACUAAUGAGGGGUCCACCCCAUCCUUGAGAAAUGGACUUUGUAACCUCCUUCUUGUGCAUGAGGGAGAAGAGUGUGGAAGCCACAGAGGAUCCAGUCCAGUCCAGAUGCAGCCAAACUACUUGGAUGGUCAAGGUCGAGACAACUCAAGGUCAAUGCCUCAUUCACAACAUCAAGGAUCAGACAUGGACAAUUUUGAUUGGCAACAACUCAAGGUAGAAGUUGAAGUGAGAAGUGGAGACAUAAAGCAAGAGAGAGACAGCAGUUUGCGGAUUGAAAGCAUCUAUUCUCUUUCAUCAGAUAGGCCUAGACUGAACUUUGACUCCUCUGUAAUUGAACAAAUAAAAUUUGAAACUGGAGAAAUUGAGGAGGAACACACAUCCUUUGAAACAGACCAUUCAGAUGCAUUGAUGCAAAUCGAAGGUUUUUCUUCUGAUGUAGUAUCUGAACAUAAUGAAAGUGAGAAUGUGUCAUCUGUAGUGGGUCGACCAUUCUUCGAGGAACAGGGAGGUUCAAGCUUCCAUAGGUCUAUUGAUGCAACUCAUGGAAACAGUAUGAUGGAAGAUCCUGAAGAAGAUAGCAAUGAGGUGGACUUACCAAUCAAAAAUGCAAGGAAGAAUGUGAUUCAUGCAGAAAGUGAUAGUGAAUCAACAAAGUGUCAGUUGCGUGGUGAAGAAUUCAGCAGCAGAAGAGAAAUAAAUCUUCAUUAUAGAAAACACAUGGGUGGAAAACAUCCUUGCAAAUUCUGUGAUUACAAAACAACAAAGAAAUCAAAUCUUGUCACUCAUCUAAGAACACACACAGGAGAAAAACUCUUAAGCUGUGAUUUAUGUGACUACAAAGUAACGCAGAAGUCAAGACUCAUCACUCAUCUGAGGAAACACAAAGGAGAAAGACCCUUCAUCUGUGAAUUAUGUGAUUACAAGGCAACACAGAAAUCACAUCUCAUCAUUCAUCUGAAGACACACACAGGAGAAAAACCCUUCAGCUGUGAUUUAUGUGAUUACAAAGCAAAACAGAAGUCAAGUCUCAUCACUCAUCUGAGGAAACACAAAGGAGAAAGACCCUUCAUCUGUGAAUUAUGUGAUUACAAGGCAACACAGAAAUCACAUCUCAUCAUUCAUCUGAAGACACACACAGGAGAAAAACCCUUCAGCUGUGAUCUAUGUGAUUACAAAGCAACACAGAAGUCGAUACUCAUCACUCAUCUGAGGAAACACACAGGAGAAAGACCCUUCAGCUGUGAAUUAUGUGAUUACAAGGCAAAACAGAAAACAGAUCUUCUCAUCCACCUAAGGGCACACACAGGAGAAAGACCUUUCAGCUGUGAUUUAUGUGAUUACAAAGCAACACAGAAAUGUGAUCUCAUCAUGCAUCUAAGGACACACACAGGAGAAAGACCUUUCAGCUGUGAUUUAUGUGAUUACAAAGCAAAACAGAAGUCAAGUCUCAUCACUCAUCUGAGGAAACACAAAGGAGAAAGACCCUUCAUCUGUGAAUUAUGUGAUUACAAGGCAACACAGAAAUCACAUCUCAUCAUUCAUCUGAAGACACACACAGGAGAAAAACCCUUCAGCUGUGAUCUAUGUGAUUACAAAGCAUCACGGAAAUCAAGUCUCAUCAUUCAUCUGAAGACACACACAGGAGAAAGACCCUUCAGCUGUGAUUUAUGUGAUUACAAAGCAACACAGAAAUCAGAUGUCAUCGCUCAUCUAAGGACACACACAGGAGAAAGACCUUUCAGCUGUGAUUUAUGUGAUUACAAAGCAACACAGAAGUCAAGUCUCAUCACUCAUCUGAGGAAACACAAAGGAGAAAGACCCUUCAGCUGUGAAUUAUGUGAUUACAAGGCAACACAGAAAGCACAUCUCAUGAUGCAUCUAAAGACACACACAGAAAGACCCUUCAGCUGUGAUUUAUGUGAUUACAAAGCAGCAUUGAAAUCAAAGCUUACUAGACAUCUGAAUACACACUAAUGGAGAAAGACCUUUUAGCUGAUAUCUUUGUGAUUACAAAUCAUCAAUGAUAUCAAAUCUCGUCACUCAUCUAAGGACACACACAAGAGAAAGACUCUUCAGCUGUGAUUAUGUAAUUACAAAACAACAAAGAAAUCAUUCCUCAUCACCAAUCUAAGGACACACACAGGAGUGUUACCGCCAACCAGUUGUGGUAAGUAACCGCUACAAGCGCUGCCUCUAGUUCAUACAGAGCUAUUUGAACUAUCGUUCGCUGAGGAGCCGUUCUUCUUUGAAGGAGUUGCUCUCGCGUCAUCGUUCACUCAGUUCACUGUGAAAAGUCAAUCCCGCCUCCUGCUAGUCUUGUGUCGUUUUCCCACUCCAAGUUACAUUCAUGUCGAUUCUCUACAAGAUUAAUCCACUCCAAGUGUUUUAUUACUGUGAUACCGCUUCAAUAUCAAUCUGAGACUUAUUAUUGUUGAGUAUAAUUCAUAAAGACAGUAUAAAACUAAGCAAGUUCUGCUUCCGCCUAGUGUAGUGAGAUUCCCACCUUUGUAUGAAAGACUUUGUUUUAUACCGCUUUAUUGUAUUGAACUUGAUUUAUUGGUUUGAGUAAUUCAUUUGAUCAACUUAUUGUUGGUCUGGUCCUCCGAUUAUUAAUAAAAGUGUAUUCGUUUCAAUUUGUGUUCACUCAGUCCAACCUGGCUAAACCAGUAGAAGCUACUAAGUAAUUUGUUAUUGCGCCCACCUCGGUGGCCAUAACAAGGAGAAAGAUCCUGAUCAUAGUUGAAUGGCAUUGCCCCUUUCUCUCUUUAUCUGUCUGUCAUUGUCUACCUUGUGGCUAGCUUUACUCCUACCACAGUUGCACAAAACAAUUCUGUGGUAUUCAUAGAAAACCAGACACUUCCAUUUUCCAGUCAUGAAAUUCUUCUUCUGUCAAUAUCAUUGAAAUAUGCACUGUCAUAACAGUGAUGUUCAGGCUACUUCUACUCCUUCCAAUUUUACAUUUAUCUCCUGUCAUUGUUCCUUCUAAAGUUUAGUUUUUUUUUCAAUUAAUACAUUAUUCUCCAGUUAUCAGAGAUGAUUCAUGAAUUUUUUCGGUGUUUGGUUUUCAACUCAUCUAAAUUCUGGUCUUCUAGUUUAUAUAAUCAUAUAUUUAGGAUCAAAGAUUGAACAAAACUUAUGGAGUGAUAAACACAACCUCCUUUGUACUGUUUCUAUGAAAAUUUGAGAAAGGAACUGUUCUGGGUGCUGUUUUGGAUAAGAUAUAAAUUUUCAAUAAUAAUACCUCUAUUAUAUAAUGCUUCAAAUUAUACAUUUCAAUUUAUUCUUUCCCGUUCUAUUCCUGACAUGUUUGUCUUUAUUCACAUUCAUAAGUUUAUUCAUACAUUUGUUUCUGUAUUGUGAUUUUUAUAUUGA